AUGUCAACUUUGCAGAUGUCCCAUGUUGAUUUAGAACAAGGGAAUCAUCAUCGUUCGGUUGUUGGAAGUGAUGUGAGUCUAUGCUUCUCUGAUGCUGAUGAGGAUUCUUGCUAUUCUCAUUUCUAUUCAACAAAUGGUGGCUCUUACGAUGAUUGCAGCUUUGUUUGUGUUUCUGAUCCUGAGGUUGUGGGUGUUCCUGAUUCUGGGAGAGGUUCUUCAGUUACUGAUUGUUCUGUGGAGGUGGAAACUAGAACUGGGGUUCCUGAGAUUAAGGUGCAUUUGGCUAAAGUGGAGAGGGAUUGUAGGAUUUGUCACAUGGGUUUGGAGAGUGACAGUCAUGAGUCUGGUGCUCCCAUCGAAUUGGGUUGUUCUUGUAAGGAUGAUUUAGCUGCUGCUCACAAGCACUGUGCUGAGGCCUGGUUCAAGAUUAAGGGAAAUAGGACAUGUGAAAUUUGUCAUUCUGUUGCACGGAAUGUUUAUGGAGCAAAUGAGGAGUCAACAGAGCAUUUGAACGACACUAACAAUGCUACUGCAGCAGCUGCACUCUCAACUCCUCCACCAGAAACUCGAAGAUUUUGGCAUGGCCACCGCUUCUUGAAUUUUCUGCUUGCAUGUAUGGUUUUUGCAUUUGUCAUAUCAUGGCUUUUUCACUUUAAUGUGCCAUCAUCCUAGCUUCC